ACCAAUUCUCACACACACACACACACACACACACACUCUCCACACUCAUCCAUCCAAACAAUGUCUUAUGUGCCUCCUCACCUCCGUAAGUCAGUCGCCGCCACCGUCACCGCCACAGCAACAGCCACCACCACCACCACCACAACCGCCACCCCCACAAACGUAGAUAACAUCACCACAAACCACAAACUUAACUCUAAAUCCAACAACAAUGCCUUUUCUAAUUCAACUCCUAGACGGAGCUCAGCCAACAACCACAUCCAACCGUCGAGAGCCCUCGCUGUUCCUAACGUAGUGCUUCCUCAAUGGAAGCCUUCUGAACGCGUUCUACGUCUUAAACCCGAGCAGAUAGAAGAGGUCAGAUUACGACUCAAUGUUGAUGUUACUGUCACUCCUGACUCCCCUGCAGCACCUGCACCAAUUGAAUCCUUUACAGAUAUGUGUCUGGCCUCAAGCAUCAUGAAGGAUAUUGCUAUUCAUGAAUACACAACACCUACUUCUAUACAGGCCCAGGCAAUGCCUGUUGCUCUAAGUGGAAGGGAUCUUUUAGGCUGUGCAGAAACAGGCAGUGGUAAAACUGCUGCUUUCACAAUACCCAUGAUACAGCAUUGUAUAGCUCAGCCUCCUGUUCGGAGGGGAGAUGGUCCUUUAGCACUAGUGCUGGCUCCCACCAGAGAGCUUGCACAGCAGAUAGAGAAAGAGGUGAAAGCUUUCAGUCAAUCAGUGGAGUCUUUCAGAACUGCAAUCGUUGUGGGUGGAACAAACAUUGCUGACCAGAGGUCUGAGCUAAGGGCAGGAGUGGAAAUUGUGGUUGCUACUCCUGGAAGAUUUAUUGAUCAUUUACAACAGGGAAACACAUCUCUCACACGGAUUUCAUAUGUUGUUCUUGAUGAAGCAGAUAGAAUGCUUGAUAUGGGGUUUGAACCUCAAAUAAGAGAGGUGAUGCAUAAUCUUCCAGAAAAGCAUCAGACACUGCUGUUCAGUGCAACUAUGCCAGUGGAGAUUGAAGCAUUAGCACAGGAAUAUUUGACAAAUCCAGUACAAGUGAAGGUUGGAAAAGUGAGCAGCCCAACAGAGAAUGUAUCCCAAACAUUGGAGAAGAUUUCCGAAAGUGAAAAGAUUGAUCGGUUGCUAUCUUUGCUUGUUGAGGAGGCUGCACUGGCUGAAAAAUUAGGCCACCCAUUUCCCUUAACAAUUGUAUUUGUUGAACGGAAGACGAGGUGUGAUGAAGUAGCUGAAGCUUUGGUAGCUCAGGGUUUAAAUGCUGUUGCUCUUCAUGGAGGCCGAACUCAGAGCGAAAGAGAGGGUGCUCUCCGUGAUUUUAGACAUGGUCCCACUAACAUCUUGGUUGCUACUGAUGUUGCCUCUAGGGGUCUAGAUGUUACAGGAGUUGCUCAUGUAGUAAACCUGGACCUCCCAAAGACAAUGGAGGACUAUGUGCACCGAAUUGGAAGGACAGGGCGUGCAGGAUCAACAGGAAGAGCUACUUCAUUCUAUACAGACCGUGAUAUGUUUCUUGUAUCGCAAAUAAGGAAAGCAAUAGCAGAUGUUCAAUCUGGGAACACUGUAGCUUUUGCCACUGGCAAGGUUGCACGGAGGAAGGAGAGAGAAGCAGCAGCAGCACAGAAAGAGGCUCGGAUGGCACAAUCAAAGCUGCCAGCAACAAUAUCAUCCAUAAAUGUGGAAGACAAGUACAAGUACAUGAUUUCCCCGGCUCCCAAUGCCAUGAUCAAGAAUGAGGGUUCUGCAGAUGAUGCAUGGGACGAUUAAGGUGGUAAAGUCUCUACUACUUUUCCAUGACUCUGCGGUACCACUAGAGUUUUAAACAAGAAAAAGAAAAAAAAAGAUAUCUCAUUAUUGAAAUGUGAUAGCAUUGCAAUAAGAAGGUGAAGUAGGUUGAGAGAGAGAGGUUGGUAGAUACCAUAGGCUGCUGCUCUGCUGUGUAUAAUCUGAUGCAUCUGCAUUUCAAACUUGGUUUUUUUUUUUUAGGACGUGGACUUGCUUUAUUACUACUUAUAAACUACAAAACAAAAUCCCUCCAAUUUUGUCUCAUGUACAUGUACUUUGCUUUCUCAUCCAUGCUUUUUGGUGACUAUUUAUUUACUUAUUAUUUUUUUUUUUUUUGUAAGGGU